GUUGAACUGUAUUUAAGUACAGAAUGGAAACUAGAAACAUCACAAUGACCUUUGAUGAUCUAGUGUUAGAGAACGAAUCUUUGAUAGACACAAUACCGGAGAGCGACAUUUACGAAGUGUUCCACAUAAGACAAUACGACCUUAUCAUCAUUUACAUUCCAAUAAUUUUAUUGUCUUUAUCCGCAAACCUGCUGGUAAUUACGGUUGUUAUCAAAAAUCACUACAUGCGAAGCGUGACGAACUAUUUUUUGGUGAAUUUAUCGGUGGCUGAUCUACUGGUUACUCUUCUUUGUAUGCCCAUGGGUGUCUGGUCUGCUUAUACCAUGUUAUGGAAUUUUGGCGAGAUUGUCUGCAAAGUCACGAAUUAUCUUCAAUGUGUGUCUGUGGCAUCGAGUGUUUUUACAAUAACGGCAAUGGCUUUAGAUCGAUAUUUGGCGAUCAUCCAGCCUUUCGGAUUCUACCGCUGGUUCAACAAAAAGACCACCGUCGUGGUAAUAAUAUUGAUGUGGUUGGCACCCAUGAUUUUGUUUGCGCCAUUGCUCGUACUCGUUCAAAUACACGAGGACAGAAUUGGAAGUGUCACCCUGCGAUUCUGUUACGAAAACUGGAACGGAUUCAUUUUUACCAGAAAAGCUUUCGGAAUUGUUUGCUACAUUGUCAUGUUCGCAGUCCCAGGUUUUAUUAUGCUAUGUGCAUAUUCGUUAAUGGGAAGGACGCUGUGCUCAGUUAGACCGCCUUUUGACGUAACGGAAGGAAAUGCUACCGCUCAACAGAAUUAUCGUUUAGUACGUGAACGAAAACGAGUCGCAUGGAUUCUUUUGCUCCUGGCCAUCCUCUUCGCCAUUUGCUGGCUGCCACACAACACUCUGAAUCUCCUCACGGACACGAACGGAGGCAAAUUCGAAACAGAAGAUAUAAACACGAUGGCGAUAAUAAAACGGUACAUGUUGUUGCUAGGCCACGUCAAUUCUGCCCUCAAUCCAAUUAUCUAUUGCAUUAUGUCGAGGAAUUUUCGUAAAUCUGUCAAAGAACUCAUUUUUCGGACGAAGACGAAUUUCGAAUCUAGGAAAAAGGCCAAACGGAACCAGAGAGUCUUUCGAUUGGAUUGUCAGUGGGUGGAAAGUUCAAGCAGUUCUCACCACCGUCAACAAGUCGAACAACUUCGAUUCAUCUCGUCUAUUCGAAAAACCACCCCCUUGACAAGGCUUCAAUCGAGUCAACGCACCACCAAAACGUGUGCAGUCUAAACGACAGAGACGUACAACAAAAACAAAAAUACAAGUGUCAUAUUUACUUACAUGCAAACAUACAUACAUUAUGUAUACUAUAUGUUACUUGUGAUUUUAAGAUAUAUGAAUGUGUAUCUUAAUGUUUUCGGCCCCCGUGAAAGGUAACAAUUUUGCACACGUUUCAGUACAGUAGAAGGGGUCGAUUUAACUUUUUCGCUCCACCUUUCUCUUUUAUAUAUCUAUUUGAGUUUGCGACAGCCUCUCCGAACUGCACUGUAUUGUAAAGCCGGUAGAUAUGGCGGAAAAGUUUGUGUAAACAUCUCCUUGCAUUCGUGGGUAUGAGUGGUUCAGGAGAGGCGGAUAAGACGGACGAAAUGUAGUCAGAAGGGUAGUGAAAAAUUUCUUUGUGAGAUAUACUGCCUUAGCAUUUUUAAAGAAAGAUACAAAAACUUUAUCGAAACAGAAAGAUCUGAAAUAGAACCGAUAUUCUCCUAAAUGUUAAGGUAUUAUUUAGAAGUUUUUUGUGAAUUCUAGAAAAUCCGUUUCAAUCUCUUUGUUGAAACGCCUUUUCGACUGGAAAAAUAAUGGAAAAAAGUGAAGGGUGAGAAGAUCGUCUUGUAUUUUGUUUAUGUACUGAGCAAAGGAGUUGUCGCAAUUAUGUACAAUUAGUAUGCAAUUUACCUAAUACUUAUGUACAUGACGGAAUGAUAAGAAAGGAUUUUUUUCGUGUUAAAGACCCUUUAUUGAUGUGAUAUGUGUUUUGGCAUACCGUCUGUAUGUACCGAAGGAUUGGAAAUAAAUGUGGAAUUAGAAUGAAAGAUUCGUAUAUAUAUAUGUCAACUCAA